AUGGCGGACACCAAGUCGAGGCAGUCAUCUGCCGGGAAGUCUUUCUUUUCCAGGAGCAACAAGAAGGACAAAGAUAAGAGGAAUCCCAGUGAUGAGGGUAAAUAUCUGGGAGGGGAUCUAGAAAAAUUAGGCUCAGUUGGAUCACGAACUUCGUCUUCGUCACGGCAUAUGAGAAACUCGUCCGUUGCAUCAUUAGAGCGCCCUGACUCGCCUGGCGCAGAUCUGAGAGGGAUUAACCAAAUGGCCGGAGUUAUCACAUCGAUUCCUUACGAUACCGUCACGGUAGACGGUAAAUCUCCAAUAUCGGUCGACUACCUACCCAGAAACGAUCAGAUGCCUGUUCGGAGGGAUGCCAGAGAACCUCUGCCCCAUCAUCUAAACAAAGGCGGGGGCGAUUAUCACCAGUAUCCCUCCUUCGACCCAGCGACUUUACCAAAUGGCUCCUCUCACCCAUCAGGACCGCGCCCUGCACCUGGCGGUGGGAACAUAACAAUGGCCUCCACUGGGAAUCGCGCAACACAACUACAGCAAUGGGGACCCGGCAGGGCGAGCGGGGCAAGCACGACGCAUAAUCCAAGGUACGACUCGUACUCUACAAACCAGUCAUCUGCUUAUGCAAGAAGUUCGUUCGACCAAUCGAGCAUCGAUUCGAGUACAGAGCGCUCGAGUAUCUUCUCUACUGCCAGUUCAUCGAAGACUGCGAUGCAAACUCCCUACUCGAAUAAUUUGUCUCCCUCACAUGCAACGCAUCGCGAAUCGCACCGACUAACCAAAUUUCCCCAUCACCAUGUGUCUGGAUUCAACUCACCUUCUUCUGGGCAGGGCCAAGAUGGAUUUAGCAUGAACAAGCCAACGGAUGACAGGGUAGUGGAGGAGAUGUUCCUAGCUCUGAUGCAAAAGCGAGGAUGGCACAACUUGCCAGACCAAGCGCGACGACAAAUGAUGGCAUACCCGCCUGCUAAGAAAUGGACAUUGGUACAUCAGGAUCGAUUGACGGAAUGGCAAGGGGAGCAAAAACGAAGGACAACUACCAAGACACCUGGGCAGUACGGGAGCGCUAUGGAUAUGCUUGCCAAUGCCGAGGAAGAAGGUACACCAGAGUGGUUUGUCAAGAAAGUCAUGGACAAUAGCAUAUCUGCAAAGCAGCUGCAGAGUCUGGCUGUCAGCCUUCGAACACAACCUAUUGGAUGGGUCAAGAUAUUUGUAGAAUGCCAAGGUCAGGUAGCUCUCACAAAUGUACUUGGGAAGAUAAAUCGACGACAAGCUCAAGGGCCAGCACCAGCGGAUGGAUCAACCAGCGAAAAGGAUCUCGACCGAGAAUACGACAUUGUCAAAUGUUUAAAGGCUCUAAUGAACAACAAAUACGGCGCCGAUGAUGCAUUAACCCAUCAACAGGUCAUUGUUGCAUUGGCAACCUCUUUAAUCUCACCUAGAUUGACGACUAGAAAGCUCGUUAGUGAGGUAAUGACGUUUCUAUGUCAUUGGGCGGAUGGUCAGGGCCAUCUCAAAGUUAUCCAGGCUAUGGACUACGUAAAAAAUUCCCAGGGAGAGAAUGGCCGAUUCGAUGCAUGGAUGCGGGUGGUGGAAGUCACCAUUGAUGGCCGAGGCAAGAUGGGCAGUCUCGUGGGAGCUAGCGAAGAAUUACGAAGCGGUGGUAUUGGAAUGGAGAACCUCCUGAUGGAAUACGCCGUGGCAACUUUGUUCCUCAUCAAUAUGAUUGUCGAUGCCCCUGAAAAGGACUUGCAGCUUCGUGUCCAUAUCCGGGCGCAGUUUACAGCAUGUGGCAUCAAACGUAUUUUGACGAAGAUGGAAGGCUUCCAAUACGAUAUCAUAGACAAGCAAAUCGAGCGAUUCCGUACCAAUGAAGCCAUCGACUACGAGGAUCUUCUUGACCGGGAGAAUAGCAGCAUGAAAGAAGGUAUAGAAGGCGAGGUAAAAGAUCUCAACGACCCCGUUCAAAUCGUGGAUGCUAUCAUGCAAAGAGUCCAAGGCAGUAGGACGCAGGACUACUUUGUUUCUGCAUUGCAGCAUCUAUUGCUCAUGCGUGAAAAUGAUGGAGAGGAACAGUUACGAAUGUUUCAACUGGUAGACUCGAUGCUUAGUUAUGUUGCUAUGGACAGGCGGUUACCAGACAUGGAUCUCAAGCAAAGCCUUAAUUUCACUGUUCAAAGCUUGCUCGACAAGCUUCAUACCGACUCAGAAGCACGUCAAGCCUUCGAUGAGUCAAUUGAAGCACGUCAAAUUGCUGACUCGGCUAUGGCCGAGCGGGAUGAGAUGAAAUCCCAAAUUGAGCUUGGUGCAGAUGGUUUGGUAGAAAAAUUGCAAAAGCAACUCGAGGAGCAAGCUCAGGUUAUCAAGAUUCAGGCAAGGCAAAUAGGUUCAUUAAAAGGCGAGCUAGCGGACGCACAAAACCUCCGUACCAAGGAGGCCCAACGUUCUGAGUUAGAAACGAGAGAGCUCUAUCUAAUGCUCCGUGACGCUCAAGACAUUGCAGCUUCCAAUGCUGCCAAGGGCGCAAGUAACGCAUUGGGAGAGAAAGAUCCGACCCAAAUGAAAGGCAUACUUGACCGAGAAAGGCUCAUGGAUCGACUUGAAAUGCAACUCGAGCGUCAAAAGACUCAGUACAAGCUGGAAGGUAGAGUCUGGGGCGAUGCUGCUGCGGGUCCUUCGGAUAGAUUGCGGGCGCUUCGUGAGGAAAUGGACGGAGAAGAGACCGGAGCUAUUGCUAAUAACGGUACUACACCCAGAGACUUUGCGAACAGCAUGCUUGGUACUGUUGCUAGAAACACCAAAAUCCCGAGGAAACCUCUUAAUUCUCAACAAUUGCUGGCCGAGGAGACGGAAGACGAAGACAAUACCAUUUACGAGAAGCCUCGUAUUGUUGAGAUGAAGCGGCCCAAGCAAACACCCGGAUACUUGGAUGAGAUCAACUCGAAAGUCAAGCGGUACGAUGCUAGUGAUGAUGAAGACGAAGAUGGCGAUGGAGAUGGCGAUGGAGAUGGCGAUGGAGAUGGCGAUGGAGUCACAACAGGGCCUUCACAUCCAAGUCUGGAAUCAGACUCCCCGAAAACGCCAAAUGAUGAGCCCGCGUCUACUAAACCGCCAAAAAUUGAAGGUUUCAAUGGUCCUCCACCCCCACCUCCGCCACCUCCGCCUCCCAUGCCGGGG